AUGAUUUCUCAAGAGGAGUUUCAAAGAUGGAAAAACGCAGAGAACUCACCAUCAUCGUCAAAAGCCUCCUCUUCAUCACCAUCAUCAGCACCUCCAUUGAACAUUGGAAACAGUUCUACAACAAUUACGAUUGGAAAUCAAGUGUCGCCAAGUGUGGUUGAAUUACAAACAUCACAGCAAGAAUCAUCAUCUACAGCUUAUGGUAAUUAUGAGAAGACAGAUAUUCUUUCUAUUCCCGAUAAGAAAUACACAAUGGUUCUAUUUCCUGGUAGAAUUAAAAAUGUUUCAAAUGCAAUCAACAUUCUUGGCGGAAUGAAAAGUAUUCAAGCAUUACAUAAACCAAAAGAAAUUACAGACCAACAAACUCAUCAAGAAAACAGAUUUUUGGAAUGCAGAUUUAGGCCGAAUAAUUUUAUGAGUUGUCAUCCUGUUUAUGGUGAUGUAACAUUAACGAAUAAUUUAUUGGUGAGGUUGAGAAGAAAAAAAGUAAAAAAACAAGUAGGAGAAAGAAUAAUAACAAGAUAUGAUCCAUCUCAAUCCCAGCUACAAGUUAUUGGAGUUAUUACAAAAACCGUGAAUUUCAAAGGAAUGUCGGAUUUUCAAUAUAUUCAACCAAAAUUUGUCGAUUUAAAUCAGUCAAUGGAUGAAGACCAAAAUUCAGAUCAAACAGCCCUUGAUUCAUCGCGUAAUAAUUUCAGUUCAAGUAUUAUGGGAGAUGAUGACGGUGAUAUUGAAAUUCAAAAUGAAGAAAAGAUUUCCUCAUCAAUAUCAUCCACUCCUAAUCCAAUUCAUGUUAGAAAUAAUGUAUAUUAUUCUAACGAGCUGUCAGACGCUACGUCUACUGUCCUACCAAGCAGAGCUUCUCUACAGAAUCCUCACACUGGAAAAGGGACAAAGACUCACAAAGCCAUGCUAGAUUUACCUCCCCCAAUUUUUUCCAGAUUCGACAUGCCAAUGGACUAUGCCUUCAAACAAAACCCAUUGACAGAAAUUGUUCCAAUUGUGUCUAAUGACGGUACUUCUAAGAAAUACAAAAGACUUCUCAAACCUAGUAAGCAAUACAUGCCACACUGCGUGGAAAUCAAUUUUGAAGACGAAGUGCCGACAGCACCUCCUGACGAAAUUGUAACAGCUAAGGACAAGGACUUGUACAAAGAUGUCGAGAAUCGUGUUCGAUAUUUGUUUGGAUAUCCAAGUGAUGAUCAAGAAGGUGUUGCUCAAUUAGGAUCCUCACACUCAUUGAUCGACAAGAGCAGGCUCAUUCGACCUAUCUGGUCAAAAAACGCUAUAUCAAGCAAAUUUGAAAGUAGGAAAGAUAAAUGGAAAUUAAGAAUGGUACUUCCUAGAGUGGCAUAUCACUACAAAAACGGGCCAUGGAGAAUGUUGUGGGUUCGUUAUGGUUAUGAUCCAAAGAAAGACAUUGCUGCAUCCUACUAUCAACUACUUGACUUUAGAGUUCCACAUGAGCUACGACCUAAAAUACAUUCUCUAACAGGAAAGAGAAAGGAAGACGAACGAGAGACAAACAAAUUCAGAAGACUGCCCAGACGAAAAGUUGACACACAUAUUGAUCUUCAUGAUUAUUUAUAUCAGGGACAAUCAAAAGAAAAAGCUCAUAAUGAUAUGGAGUCGGUCCAUACUUCGAAUACCAAUCAUACGAGCUCUACGGCACAUCACACUGAACAUGAAGAAAAUGCAUCGUAUGAAUUCAACUCCAUACCAACGCAAAUUCAGGUAUUUUACCAGCUGUGUGAUAUCAGAAUUGCUCCAGCACAGAAUAUUAUUUUGGCAGAUAAGGAUGAAACAAUUGCUAUUACUUAUGGUGUCAUUUCAGGUGUAAAAUCUAGUGAAGAGUUAGACCUCAGAGAACCAGUAUGGAAUAAUACUGGAGAAUGUGAUCCAAAGUAUGGAUGGUAUAAUCAUCAUGCUCUUGAACAGAUAAGGUAUGUGAUGAAGAAAAAAGUGGAAGAAUGGAUAGAAAAUGGAGAGGAGAACGAUCCUGAAAUUUUGUCUGACACUGACGAAGAGAUUGAACCACCCGAAAGUUCAAGAUCAACCCUCGAUAAAUCAAUCCUUAACUCGUCGAAAGGAGAUGAGCAAGAAAUUCAUAACAAUAAUAAGGAACAAGAUGUUAUGAGUGACACUGAUGAGGAGCCUAUCAAAGAUGGUGCUGAUGUAUUUAUUGAAAGCCAGUAA